UGUUAUACUUCCCCUACCAGAUAACGUGAAAGAAUAUUUGCUGGACGAUGGAACGCUUGUGGUUUCCGGAAGAGAAGAUCCACCAAAUCAUGCUCAAGAGGGGAGUGAUGAUGCAGAGGAAAUACAGUGGUCAGAUGAUGAGAAUACUACAACGCUUAAGGCACCAGAAUUUCCUGAGUUUACAGCUAAAGUUCAAGAAGCAAUAAGUUCCUUGGGUGGUAGUGUUUUUCCUAAACUUAACUGGAGUGCUCCAAGGGAUGCCUACUGGAUUGCAAUGAACAGCUCUCUGAAAUGUAAAGCUCUCAGUGACAUCUUCCUCCUCUUCAAGAGUUCAGACUUCAUUACUCGUGACCUAACUCAACCAUUUAUUCACUGUACUGAUGAUUCCCCUGAUCCUUCCUUGGACUAUGAGCUUGUUCUUCGCAAAUGGUGUGAACUAAUCCCUGGUGCAGAAUUCAGAUGCUUUGUCAAGGAAAACGAGCUUAUAGGUAUAUCACAGAGGGACUACACUCAAUACUACGAUCAUAUCUCUAAGCAACAUGAGGAGAUCUGUAGAUCAAUACAGGAGUUCUUCAAGAAAAACAUACAGUAUAAAUUCUUGGAUGAAGACUUUGUUUUUGAUGUGUACAGAGACAGCAGGGGUAAGAUUUGGUUAAUAGAUUUUAACCCAUUUGGUGAAGUCACAGACUCUCUGCUGUUUACGUGGGAAGAACUGACCUCUGGGAAAAACUUGAAAGGAGACCAGGGUGAAGGGGAAGCAACAGAACAGGACUAUCCAGUUUUCCGUUGUACAAACAGUAAGGUUACUGUCCAGCCUAGUCCAUACCUGAGUUACCGACUGCCAAAAGAUUUUGUGGACCUUUCUACAGGAGAGGAUGUUCACAAAUUAAUUGACUUUCUUAAACUGGUAAGAAGUAGUGAAAAAAAUUUCUGA